AUGGAUAUCGACGAUCUUCUCGCAGAGGUCGCAGUAGGGUCGACGCCAAGGGAGGCGCUCGAUUUGCAGGAAUUGACGAGGUGUUGGGUUGCAGAGAGAGUCGCACCAGAGAUCUUGCCAUGGCCCGAGGAACUUAUGGGAAGGGUGCUCGAGCGAAUUCAGAGACAGAUUGAACUGGUCGAAGACCAAACGGGCAACAUGGACCCCAAGACAAACUUCAAACUCAUCAUCAUACAAACAGAACUCGAGCGAUUCAAGUUCUUGGUUCGCAGUUUCCUGAGGGCUAGAAUAAAAAAGAUCGAUUCACACCCUCUACACAUCCAAUCGCUGCACACGACUUCCCUCGAGAUGCCCUACCCGCUUCUCUCUCCAUCCGAGUACCAAUACCUUACGUCCCAUCAAGCGCUCCUCUCCUCUCACUACACAUCCUCGUUCCUCUCACAAUUUCCGGCAUCGCUACAACGACUCGAUGAUACGACAGGUGGCAUUAGCAUGAUCGAUAAGCCUGAUGAAGACAAAGCGGUGUUUGUGAGGGCGUUGCGCGAUGUUGGGGAAAUUUUCGUCGAGGGGACAGAUCGCAGGUUUGAGAUGAAGAGAGGUGAUGUUUGGGUUGUCAGAUGGAGCGCAGUAAGGGCUUGGUGUGUAGGCUGUGGGACAGGGGACGUGGAACUGAUAUAA